AUGGCUUACAGGACUCCCGAAUUCGAGAAGCUAGUGCUAGAGAAGAUCAGCGAGUUCCACGUGCCUGGUCUGUCGCUGGCGGUUGUACAAGGCGAGGACAUCCACUCCAAGGCGUAUGGCUAUUCGGAACUACCCGACACCCAAGCGACUACAGACACCCUGUUCGACCUCGCAAGCACUUCCAAGUGUACCACUGCGGCAGCCGUGGCUAUUCUCGUAGACGAUGAGAAGUACCCAGACGUACAAUGGACAACACCCGUGUCAAAGAUCCUUCCCGAUGACUUCGUUCUUCCCGACCCAUAUCUCACCGAGCAAGUCACCAUUGAAGAUAUCUUGAGUCACCGGAGUGGCAUUGCAACUCACGACGAGUCCUACCUCAGCGCGCGCGCCAAACACCCCGACAAUGCGAAGUCCUUGACGCGCAAUCUGCGCAAUCUCGACUUCGUCAAACCACUCCGUACCGAGCAUAUUUACUGCAACAUCAUGUUCAGUGUCGCUGUGCACCUCAUCGAAACUGUGACUAGUAUGUCCUACACCGACUUCAUCCGGACCAAGCUCUGGAAGCCACUCGGCAUGACCAAUACAUUCCACGACGUACCCGACAUUCAAGCCAACAGCGACACCGAUCGACGCGCAAGGCCAUACUACUGGAACAGCGAAUGCGAGGCUUACGUCGCACUCCCUCACUACCCGCCAGCACCAGAAGGCCACGGCGCAGGCUGCAUCUUCAGCAGCGCAGACGACUACGCGAAAUAUAUCCGCGCGCUAGUCAAACGCGAUCCGAUCCUGUCCGAAGAUAGCCACAAAGCGCUCGCCACGCCCCGCAGCUUCGAUCUCCUCGGCGACGAAAAGUGGGCCAUACCUUACAAGAGCGACGAGCUCUACACCCUCGGUCUAUCUCGCACGAGCUAUCGCGGACACACGGUCAUCGGCCACUAUGGGUCAGUACCCGGCUUCAAAGCCAUGGUUUGCUUCCUCCCCGAGUUCGCCUGGGGCCUCGUCAUCUUCGGGAACUCAGACACCGCUAUGUACGUCAACGACAUCCUGAAGUUCACAUUGCUGGACGAUGUCCUGGGCGUACGCGACGAAGACCGCGUCGAUUGGAGCGCGUUCUUCAAGAACUUCCAGGCCAUGGACGAUGCCGAAGAAGCGGAGAAACCAGAGUGGACGAAGGUGGAAGAUGCGCAACCGCUUGACGUUCCUCUUGACACGAUAGUCGGUAGCUACCACAACGUUGGGUAUAAGAACUUGGUCAUUGAGAUGAAGGACGACAGACUUGUUGCGGAUUGCACCGAUCGAUGCUUUCCGUACAUGCUUACGUUCGCACACCUCAGCGGUAACACGUUCGCGGUAGAGAUGCACGGCGUGUGGGAGGGGAAGCUGUAUAGUACUAUCCGAGGCGAAAUCCGAGUAGAGGCCGGAAAGGUCGUCGCGAUCGGUGUAGGCCUUGAGAGCGACGUGAAGGGCGGUCUUAUUUGGUUCGAUCGUAAGGCUGAAUCACACGCUGGUGGCCUUGAAUCUCACGUCAGAUAUGACGCAUGCACUCAAUUCACCCCGUCUUUGCUCUCGUACUUCACUGCAACUCCGGCACAACUCACGAAUGCUAUGGCCAACGAUCGUGCUAUCGCACUCAAGACGCAGAUUCGUGACGCAGCCCACGGCCAGCAGCAGUUGCGACCGAUAUUCACGUCCUUAAACGGGGACAACUCGUGGCUUCUUUCCUUUCCACGUCCAACAGAAGAGCGGAUUGCCGGCGGGAAAGCAUUCUUUCACAUCGUACACGACCCGUGGUUCAACGGCCCCGUCAAUCUACUAGGGAUAUGGCUCGCAAGCUUCAGCCUGUCGUCUCCACCCGCCGUCAACAACGGCAGCAAUGUAGAAGGCAUCGCGCGCGACGUCGAAGCUGCAGCCGCAGACGCCGGGUUCCUUCCCACCACGACACCCGUCACUCAAGAUGCUUCACCGAUUGAUGCGAUCUUCAUACGCUUCCACUACGACGAUCAUCUGCACAAGCCGACUCUGCUGACAUUCGCAUCAAGCAUACCCGUGUUCGCGACAACAGAAGCGAGCGCGAUCAUCCGCGGCUGGAACCACUUCGACAAGAUCAUCACUACUAGCGACCUCGAGCCGGGUAUCUUCAACGGCGACUGGACAUCGCUGCAUCCAGGCAGCCCGUUGCCCACCUGGCUGACCGUCUUUCGAGCCUGCGGCCACCACGAGCUCAACUUCGCCAGCGCAAUCAUUUACACGCCUGCCCCCGACGUGCACGAAGCGGUAUUGUACUCCCCGCACGGCAUGCGCACCUCCCAGGAGUCUCUGCAGACUCUUUUGCAUCGGUCAGCGCCGGAGUUUAAGGUGCUUGCCCUUCUUCAUGGGCUCAAAGAGAGCUGGACGUUCAAUUGGCAGACGACGUUCGGUGUUGCGACCGGGUUGGAAUUGCAGAGGCAGACGGACGCCAGGUACUGGAUUGCGACGCACAACUCGCCGCUGAGGUAUCGAGGGCUGCUGUGGAUGAUUGUUACGGAUAUCUCCCGAACUUUGGCAUGGGCGCUCGACAAAGAAGAGGCACCAGGGUCGCAAGAGAAAGAAGUCCAUGUCGUUGACGUAGAGAACGGCGGAUUCUUCGUGUUGAAGUAG